AUGGAUGUGGAGACAACAACACCGUACUCUGACUUCAUCAACUGUGAUCGUACAGGCCGCAGGAACGCAGUACCUGACAUACAGGGACAGGGGGCAGCAGGCAGCACCAGUGAAUUAACCAAAGACAUGGAAGGGCUGGACCUGAAGGUGGCGGAAGGAGACUCUGGUGCAUCACCAGCCCCUGAGGGUGAAGGGUUGACCAGCCAAGAGGCCCAGGGAGGCGAGGGCCCAUCCUAAACCACCUCACAGGAGUGGAGAGCGGGACACAGAGAAGAAGGGACAGAAUAAGACAGAGAGGAUCUCCUGAAUGUCCUGCCUGACUAGACCCUACCCCUCUCCUAACUCAACAGUGAUGACAUCUCUCACUGUGUAGCUUUGAUGGAGCUUUGCUGGUCCAGCUGCAUGAUCCUUCUCCUUUAUCAAUUGGCAUUGUGGGAAAUGUAGUUGACAGAACAGUUGUUCACAAGUAGGACUACAUCUGUUCUUGGCCUAGAGGUGCUGCUGGGCUACAGUGGUAAAGGAAAUGUACCAAACUUUGGAUCUAUGUCUCUCCAGAUGUACUGAACACUAUCCUUUCUUAGAAUGAAAUGUUGUUCCAAACCUAACAUGGAACUAUCAUCAAAAAUGAGCUACGCAGAAUCUAUAAUCAUGUUUGCCAUUUCUUUUGUGUUUAACAUUUUAUCUUUUGUUUUACAAUAAUAAUUGUAGUAUCAUAUUUAUUUCAAAUGAUUCUCUGAUACCUUUUGUGAUAGUCAUUUCUUUUCUGUAAUAAAAUGUUUAUGUAUCUUC